AUGUCUUUGCCUACGCACCGGUAUCAGGACGUCCCACCAGAAACUGCACCAUCACCGCCCAAACGGGAAGAAAGAACAAACGAGGAUGCACAGCGUGAGCACGAUCUUGAUGCGGCGCGGCUUCUCAGUCAUUCGAAUACAGACCCUCUUUGGAUGAAUGAUGGCGAAGCACCGAUGGCCGCGCCCCUUGCCGCACCCCUUGCUGGAAUGAAAGAUAUACCAAGUGUGGCUAAGAGGUUUUACCAACAAAAUGCAGCAUCUUCUACUAGCCUGGAUAGUCAGUCGCACUUCAUUGACCACCGUAACCAGUCUCACUCGUUGUCUGUGAAUCCCAACUCUCCACUGGCUAUUCGUGCGGCGCAAGGCGCAGAGAGUGUGCAUGCUCAACCAGAUGAACAAAGUAAAGUACAUCAAAGGGCAGCCCCAGCACUUGGAAACCACCCUCUCGUGCCUUUAACUGCUCACGCUGACAAUGUACCUCCUGCAUGGGAGCCACCGGUCGACAAUCAGGAACUUGCCCAAUCUACGCACACCAGUGAUAGCCGUCCAUUGGAAGAUGAUGUAUGCUUUCCAGCUCCUAAUCAAGUUGAGCAAGCUGAUGAUACUGACCGCCGUGGUCCUAUGGGGCGGGAGACAAAAAAGCCGGGGUACCCCUUCACAUUUGAUCUUUCUGUGCUUGAUGCGUUUGCGAACGAGGAACAAGAACAGCACAAUGGGCCCGGAUCUUGGCCUCACACGUCCCUGUCAUUUGGUAGUCCAACAUCACAAGAAAAACGAGGAAGCAUUGGGUAUACACCAUUCGCUGGAACUGGCUUGACAGGCGGUGAUGCCACGCUGUACAGUAGGCGGCCACGACGUGGACAAGCAGCUGGUCUCGAAAGAGGAGGAGGUGGAAAGUACCAGAAAAAGCUAGCCAUGUUUGAGGGUGGCCAUUCUGUAGGUCGCUCGCCCGAUGCGCCGCUGCAGUCGAUCACAUCACCUUCGGACAAGACGGACGAGACUGCUCAACCCCUGCUUCAAGGAGCGACACAGCCAGCAUAUAAUGGCGCGACAAGCUCACAGUGGCGCGUGCCUCCGAUCGCAAGGCCGCAGCCCAUGCAUCGUGGUCCCCGUUCGACUGUACCUAUCCCUGGCGCUGUACAUGACAAGCCGUACCGUUUUAGUUUUUACUCGAAUGCCAUGUCCUCUGCCAUUCAUGCACGAUAUUUGUAUGAAUUACCCGGUCCAGGUCAGACAUUCGAAGACCUUAUUCGCGGUGUCCCCGCCGAGAAUGACAAGCUAGCCGAACCCAAGCAACCUGCUUCCAAUCUGCCACCUGGCAUACCUUUCAUCCGCGGCUCAAAUGAUUAUGACCCUGAGAUCAAUACUUGGUGGCUCGAUGUGCUGUGUCCCACUGACCAAGAAAUGAAAACAUUGGCACGCACUUUUGGCAUCCAUCCGCUGACAACGGAAGAUAUUCUCAUGGAAGAGACUCGCGAGAAGAUUGAACUGUUCCGCAACUACUACCUUGUCUGUUUCCGUUCGUUUGACCAGGACCCAUACAGUCCGACAUACCUGGAGCCGCUCAACAUGUAUAUUGUGGUAUUCCGCGAGGGCACGCUCUCUUUCCAUUUCCGUCAUACACCACACCCACACAACGUUCGUCGCCGCAUCAAGCAGCUGAAAGACUACAUUAAUGUGACGGCUGACUGGAUUUCAUAUGCGCUCAUUGACGAUAUAACAGAUGCAUUUGCGCCACUCAUUCAGAGCAUCGAGUUCGAGGUCGACAGCAUCGAUGAACUGGUCCUUAUUUUAAAGGAGGCAGAGCAGUCUGAUAUGCUUCGACGUAUCGGUACAUGCCGCAAAAAGGUCAUGGGUCUGCUGCGUCUUAUGGGCAACAAGGCUGAUGUCAUCAAGGGUCUGGCCAAGCGAUCUAAUGAAUACUGGUCAGUCGCACCCAAGUCGGAUAUCGGCAUGUAUUUGUCGGACAUUCAAGACCAUUUGAUCACCAUGACACAGAACUUGAACCACUAUGAAAUGAUCCUGUCGCGCUCGCACAGCAAUUAUCUUGCUCAAAUUAGUAUUGAGAUGACGGACGCCAACAACCAAAUCAAUGACGUGCUGAGCAAAUUAACGGCCCUGGGUACUAUCAUUGUUCCUAUGAACGUCAUUACUGGUCUUUGGGGUAUGAACGUGCAGGUGCCGGGUCAGGACAUUGACAAUCUCAACUGGUUUGGUGGCAUUUGCACAGCGAUGGUCAUUAUCGCCGUCACGGGCUACAUCACGACCGUGCGCUACCUUAGCAAUCGCUAG